CCACCUCCCCAGCAGAGGGAGACCAGAACCCUCUCGUCUGUUGUCCUUUCUUCUUCCUCCCGCCCACCGCCCCCAAACCCCAUCCAUCCAGGUCCAGCCGAGCCCAUGGCGGCCAAGCACCUGCUCUCCCGCGCCCGCCUCCUCCUCACCCGCCACCGCAGCCGCCCCACCAUCCUCCCGCCCGCGCUCACCCGCCUCCUCUUCGGCGGGACAACCACCCCCGCCGAGCCGGAGGACGACGACAAGGCCAGGGCCCGGGCGGCGGCGGCGGCGGCGGCCGUCGCCCUGGACGCCAAGAGGGCCAAGCGGGAAGGCUCCGACGACGACGACGAGGGCGCCGGGCUGCCCUGGACGUCCUGGCGGCCCGACGUGGCCUGGCUGACCAAGGCACUCGAGCCCGCGCUGCAGCUCUACAAGCACUACAACUGGAAGCCAUUCGCCUCUGACAACAUCCCCGCAAGCACCCGCACUUUUAGCGAGAUCAUAAGUGACCUCCAGCACAGCAAGGUGAGCAUACAGGACUGGAGCCUCAGUGAUCUUACCGUCGGUCUCUACCUCAUUUACCUUACCCAAGCUUCCGCAAAGAAUGCUCAAGCCUUCAAGGGCGUUCAGAUUUCCUCCAAUAAGAAGGUUCAAGAACUAAUUUAUCACCUUGAACUUGCAAAAGGUUGCUAUAAGGGCAGUGCCACUGGGCUUGCAAAGCAUAGCAUGCUCCGGCCAAGGAAUGUUUUAAAGUUUGUGAAAGAUUCUAGUAUCUUUAGACCUGGAUAUUACAUCGGCAUCGAUCCACGUGCUAAACUGGUCAUCCUUGGGAUUCGUGGGACCCAUACGGUUUAUGACCUUGUCACCGAUUUGGUUGCAUUGAGCGAUAAGAAGGUAUCACCUAAAGGUUUCUCAACACACUUUGGAACCUACGAGGCCGCUCGAUGGUACCUACGCCAUGAGUUGAGCAUCAUCAGAAAAUGUUUGGAAAAACACAAGGACUACAAGUUGCGGUUGGCAGGUCACUCCCUUGGAGGAGCUUCAGCUGCAUUGCUUGCUAUAAUGUUAAGGAAGAAGUCGAAGGAGGAGCUUGGAUUUAGUCCCGACAUAGUUUCAGCUGUUGGAUUUGGAGUCCCACCCUGUGUAUCGAGAGAGAUAGCCGAGACUUGCGCAAGCUAUGUCACCACUGUUGUAUUGCAGGAUGAUAUAGUUCCUAGGUUAAGUGCAGCUUCACUGGCAAGAUUGCGAAAUGAGAUAAUUGAAACAGAUUGGGCCAAAGUUUUGGAGAAGGAAGAUUGGAAGCAUAUAGUGGAUAUCGUGACCAAUGCUAAGCUAGUUGUUUCGUCCAUCCAAGACGUGGCAAACAAACUUGCCGAUUACGCCAAAGUUGUAACAUCAGCUAGCUCCGGUGGCAAGUCCAAAAUGAUAGGAACUUAUAUCUCAGAUCGCCCAUUACGGUGUUUAUUAUUAGGCAUUGUAUGUAUCUUACUGAAUCUAGCAUGGUUCUUGCUCCUGUCAGAUGCCGCGAAAGACCAGCCCCGUCUUCAGGGCCCGACGAAAGUUUUGAAGCCUGACGGUGAAGAAGACGUCUAUGUGCCUGAGGAUCUCUUCCUCCCAGGGACGCUGUAUUACCUCCAGAGGGACGUCGAGAAUAUAAAUGGCGUUGAGGACGAGUCGUACACGCUCUGGAGAGGCAACGCCGGGGAGAAUUUCCAGCGGAUACUGUUGUCUGGCAAUUUGAUGUCUGAUCACAAAUGCGAUAGCAUACAGUACGCGCUCAGAGAUGUGCUCAAGACUCUGCCCCUCCCUCUGCCCCUGCAGGAGGAUUGAUACUACCAAGUUCCAAAGCUUAUGCAGAAAGCGGGCUUCGCAAAAAUCGAGUGUUUUGUUGUACAGUUUUAGGUUAUGCAAGGGAUUGCCAAGAAUGACAAAGUGCUAGGAAACUCUCAAGUUGCAGUUCAGAGUUUCUGGUGCUGAUCUAGGUGUAGUACACCUCUUCUUUUUUUACAAGAGGUAUAUAUAGUGUAACUCUUUGAAACUUGAGAUAAAAGGGUGACGAGGCAGAAUAAGAGUUCGAUGGAUCCA